AUGGACGAGAUGGACCUGGACGCCCGGCCGAGGGGCAGAAACGCCUCUCCAGACCAUCUUUCUCAAUCAGACAACAACAGCUCUGCACAGCCAGGCCCGCAGACCGCCCUGGCAGUCAGGCUUCACUCCCAGCAGCAGCUAGGCUGGAUGUCUCCUCGCAAGCGGCGCCGCAGCUCCGACGCCCAGGAAGUGCCCUUUGACCCUGUCACGCCUUUGAAGCGGAGGAAGACAAACUUUAACGCCACAUAUCUCUCCCUGUUCAACAACCAUGUCCUCGAUGUGGCUGGCAGAUCUCCGCAUGAAUUUCGACAAAAACUGGCCCCCUCGCAAAUAGGCGUCGUCAACUGGACUUCGGCCGAGAAGGAGGCCUUGUUCGCUGCAGUCACACGCCUCGGCCGCGACGACCUGCCCGGGAUCGCCGCGCAGGUACGGACCAAGACCGUGCUCGAGAUCCGGCAGUACUUGAUGCUCCUACAGGAUGCCGUGCUUAGCCGCCGCGGAGGCAAAUCAAGGCUUUCUGGCGCGGUGGAUCUGCUGAGCCACCCGGCUGCCGUCGAGGUCGACCAGGAACUCUGCAACGCGCUCGAAAAGGCCGCAGACGACUUGUCCCUCCGCCAGCAGGCCCACGAAGAAGGCGUGGAGGAGCACAGAUGGGGCGACACCCCUUGGCUCAUAACCGAGGCCGUGGCGCGGGACCUGGAAGCUCAAGUACGUCGGCACGAUCCCGACAUCCAGUCUUUUGGCGAGUUCUUCAUCACGAAGAACUGGCUUCACCUAUCAGAGCACGUGUUCAUGAACGCCGCCAUCGAAGACUGCAACUGGCGGUCCGUGUCGGCUGACAGGCCUGCCAUCCGGGCAACGGCCUUGGAGGACUUUUAUGGUCUUGCCAAGAGCAUCACGAGACGGCUGCUAGCUACAACUUUGAUCAUGGCAAACAGCCGUCUCCGUCGGAGACCACAGGUGAAGGUGGGCUCCGUCAAGGUGCAGGACGUCAAGGCAGCCAGGAUGUCCUUGGGCUUGAGUGGCGAUUCUCGCAGGUUCUGGGCCACGUCGGCGCGGCGGCUCCGCCUGAACGUAUAUGAUGACGAAGAUGUAUACAACGACAGCGGUGCACAGGAGAUUGAGAGGACGCAAGUGGCAACGGAUGAUGACGAAGCAGAUGCUUCAGACGCGAGCUCUGGACCUGAUCAAGACCACACAGGUUCCGAGCACGACGAUAUUGGCUACGACAGCCAGGUCGCACAGAGUGAGACGCCACAGGACGAGGAGCCCCCGUACCUUCUUUAUGACACGGUCGAAGAAUUCCUUGGCUUCCCGCCGGAAGCAGGUCCCGCCUUGGAAAGCUCGGACGAGUCAGACGACACCAGCGAUGAUGACGCUGGUGACGAUGACGACCUCGGAGCCAACGAAGACGAUCACAACACAGAGUUCUCACAACAACAACAACCAUCUGUACCAAUAAAGACAGCAGCAUCACCGCCUGCGUCCCCGAUGCCGCACGAUUCCUUACCCAUAAACACCACCGCCGUGGAAAAGGACCUCGAAGAAGCAAUCUACCACUCGGCCAUCGACUUCUCCGGCACCACGCGCGCGCGAGACACUCUGAGGGCCAAGAUCAUCGCCGAGCACCAGCUCCACGCGGCAGCGGACGCCUACGACGCGGCAGCCUCGCGCGCAGAAGAAGCGCGUCUAUGGGCCGUUCUGCGCGAAGAAGAAACCCCGGACGACCCAACCCUCUCCACUACAGCAGGAGGAGGUGCAGGAGGAGGAGGAGAAGAACGGAUGAGUUCCGCGGCGCCGUCGGUCACGUCGGACGACGAAGGCUUCACGACAGACGCAACGAGCGCCAGCGCCAAGAGAGGGGGCACAAGGAAGCCCGGAGCGCUGGAUCUGGGUGGCGUCGCCAGUGGUGAUGGUGGUGAUCACGACAUCGCCGGUCGCGGAGAUUGGAGGGCGAGCAUCCAAUAUUGCAGCGAGUGGGAGCUAGCGUACCUACGCCGCCAUGGGCAGCGGUAUUAA